AUGAGCGAAAAGUGUAUGACAAAGAAGAAUAAAGUAUUUGUUAACUGGGCACUUUGCCAGCUAAUCAUUACACAAUUCAUCUCUCCUCGUUUCUCCCGACGAAAUGACAAAGAAAACGGGAGAAAUGGGGGGAGAUGGAGAAGUGAACAACUGACUUGUUCAUCACAAUUCACACUGACUGGCACCAACACGAAAAUGCGGGCGAUUAUCUCUGUCGCCAAGUCGAUUCUCGGGACCCGACAAAGCGACGAAGACGAAAAACUGUGUACGGCAGGCGCGCGGCCCGCCGAAACGGUUCACUCGUUUCGUGUCUACGUUCACGGCAAUCGGAAGAAGAACGAAAUGGUCCACGGAGAGCACAUCUGGGUCUUCGAGCCAACACCCCAUCACACCUCAACGAAGGAUGCUAAGAACCGCCCGCGAAGUUUUCCAGCGUGGCUUCGUGUGACGUCGACAACGAUUUCGCUGGAAAUUACGAAGAAAGAGUGUCUGAUAUGGCCGCUGCCACUGAUUCGACGAUACGGAUACACAUCUGCUGGAGUUUUCUUCUUUGAAAGCGGCCGGAGAUGCGAGUCGGGAGAAGGAAUGUUCACUUUUCAGUGCAAAAAGGCCGAUGAGAUUUUUACGCUCAUUCAAACACUCAUCGAAGCGUUUGUCAACUCGCCGCCCGAGUUAAAGCAGAACAUGGAGAACUGCUACAGGUACCACAGGCAGCAAUCGGUGCCAAUCAGCUCGAGAAGGAUGUCAAAUGCCAGUAACACGUCUUCCGUGUUUGGAUUCAAAUACCAGACCCCUGGUAUGAUUUCGAUGCCGUGUGCUCGCGAUAGAAACUCCAACACCUCGCUCGCGUCGACAUUCUCGCUUCGCCCCGGCUCUCACACCGUUCGUCCGAUGCCGUCGUCAGUUCAGAGAUUCAGAAGUGAAGGAAUGAAUUCGGAGGUGUUGACAUCUUCUAUGAAUUCGUCAGGGUUCAACGACUCGCUUGGCUAUCAUUCCUAUCACAGAUCGUCGUAUGAUCCGAGAACAGGGCGAAUUACAACUCCGAUGCGUCCGAGAAGCGUCACUGACACGUCCGACUACGAAGACUCGUUCAUCUAUCAACAUCACCAUCAGCCGCACGACAGCUUUCACCCGCUGACUCAUGGAGGACGUGGCAAUAAGCUAUUAGGGAAUAUUGUCACUGAGCGCACGAAUCCAGCUCACCAGCCUUCUGGAAUCUCUAACGGGAUCCUGCCUCCCUACAUCAACAUCUCAGCAAAAGAAGUCGUUCCAUCGUCCCGUCAGAAUUCUCAAAUUUACUAUCCACAGUCGUCUUUGACGGCUUCGGCCGCUUCAGAAGUCUCCGCGGCACUCAACGCCAUGAAUCGAGACAUUGCCACUUCAUCUCAACACCACCACCAUCAAUAUCCGCCACCGCAACGUCCACAGCUACCACGUGCCACACCGCCACCCAUCUCCAAUCGUCAGCUGAAGCGGUACGCGGUGGUUUCCACGUCAUCACUGUCGAAGCGUCGGAUUUCGAAGGAGGACGCGAAACGGGCGUUCCUGUCGAAUGAUCCACGUGUCGGGCUGGUGUUGGACGAUCCACGGUAUGCGGCGGUGAAUGUGGAGGCUGAUGAGAAUUAUGCGAAUUUGGAGGAUAUUCAGAGCGACAAAAUCAUGAGAGGAAUCGAUGUGGACACGCUCAGCGCAUUGCACUCGUCGACGGAGCCCUCUCCACCACUGCCACGUCAUCAGACGACGUCUUCAAAGACUCUGAAGCCGCCCAACGUUGGAUUGACGACGCGUGCGGCGACGGCGUCACCAAUGCCACGUCUGAACUAUGCACAAAUCGUGCCGGUUCAUGAUGAUGGUGUGGUGCCGGAUAGAUCAAGUCGUUGUGCAUCCGUCGGUCGCUGUUACGAUAUCAAUUAUGCCCAAUUGGAUGUGGACCGAACGCAGGCGUUGAAGGGGACACUACGGCAGAAGAAGGAACAAAAAUGUUGA